UUUCAUCUUGGAGCCCUAAGGACCAGGACAGGCCAAAUUGUUGCCCAAUAGAGGACAAAUUCCCUCUGCCAGAAUCAUUUCCUGGUAGAGACACAGAAAUCUCUCGAGGCCACAUUUUAACACAAAUCAUACCUUGCAUACUCCCAAGAUGAGUGAGCAGGAGGUCACUUACACCACUGUGAGAUUUCAUAAGUCUCCAGGGUUGCAGAACCAAGUGAGGCCUGAGGAGACUCAAAGGCCCAGGAAAGCUGGCCACAGAGCUCACUCCGAACGCAAGGUCAGAGAGUGUUCGGUCACCUGGAAGCCCAUUGUGAUAGUUCUCGGAAUCCUCUGUUCCCUUCUCCUGGUAACUGUGGCAGUAUUGUUGACACACAUUUUUCAGUCCAGACAAGAGAAACAUGAACAGGAGCAAAAGCUAAAUAACCUCCAUCAACUGUACCAUGUCAUGAAAAAUGAGAGCUCCUUAAUGGAAGAAAGAUUAAGAAAUAAGUCUCUAGAGUUUGAGACUUGCAAAAAUACUCUGGACAAUCUCAAGAGAGAACAGAACAGAUGCUACAGGGAAAGCAAGAUUGAUUUAAAAUGCUUUAAAUACAAAGGCAAACAAGUAGAAGGACACUGGUUCUGCUGUGGCAUGAAAUGCUAUUAUUUCAUCACUGACAAUGUACAGUGGAAUGGAUGUAAACAGAUCUGCCAGGCUUGCAGCUUAUCUCUUCUGAAGAUAGAUGAUGAGGAUGAAAUGAACUUCCUUAAGUCCCAACUUCAAGGAAAGAGAUACUGGAUUGGAUUGACAUAUAAUAAGAGCCUAAAGAAUUGGCAAUGGAUUGGUGACCCACAUAAACUUGAUUUGGCUGGAGUGAAUUUAGCACAUGACAGAGGAAAUUGUCCAUUUCUAACUUCAUUUCAAAUAGAUGAUGAUGACUGUGCUAAAAAACAUGGCUGUAUAUGUGAAAAGAGAUUGAAUAUUCCCUAUUUUAGUGACCUGUGUCAACCAAAGAAAGCAGCUUGCUCUGCAGAGUGAUGAAGGGGAAAGUAAUGAAAUGUAUCUGACUUAACAUAACAGAAGCCAUCGUCCUUUCUGGUAAAUAGAGAAGAUUGUUUCUGGAGAAUAUAUACCCUUUGCUCUAAGCCUUGAAGUAUCACUCUCUGUUUCCCGAAUUAUGCACAGAACCAAAUACAGAACUCUUAUAAUCACACACAUUCUUCAUCAUCACUAGGAUAAUCCAUUUCAAUAUCCUGUUGCUCUUUCACACUUAAGAAAUAGGAUGCAGUUAUUUGUUGGUUGAUAACUUUUUAUGUUUAUGGAGGUAGAAGAAUUAACCUGAAAAUAUUUUUAUUUGCUGUAAAAUAUAAUUUUAGACUUGAUGAAUAGUUCCCAGAGUAGUUCAAUGAACCCAUACAACCUAUCAUAGUUCAUGUGUUCUCAUUCUCAUUCUCUCUCUCUCUCUCUCUCUCUCUCUCUCUCUCUCUCUCUGUCAUCAAACUGAUGCAUUUGGUAAUAAACAGAAACCCCAUAUUUGCAGUAAUAUUUAUUUAGGCCACCUGAAUGCAAUGGUUCAGACUUAUAAUUUUAUAGGUACAUUAGUUUGAAGACAGUCUUGUCUACAUAGUAUGUUUGUGGCCAUUGUGGGCCUUAGUGUGGUAUUCUGUGUCAUGAAAUCUGAUUAUGAGGAUGAUGAUGAUAAUAAUAAUAACAUUAAACUGUCCAUAAAUAUUUUCUAAAAGCAAGCAAUUUCUUUUAUAGCAUCAUAUUGAAUAGUAAAACUCAAGGAAUGUGGUAUUUUUGUAAUAAUAUGAUCUAAUUUAUAAUCCAUAUUCCUAUUUGUCAGCUUUCUGAUGUCAUGUUAAUAUUUACUCAUGUUUAAGAUUAUGCCAUGCAUUCACCUGUGAUGUUCUUUAGUUCUGAAAAUGUUAUUGACUUUUGACAUUUUUCUGAUAUUAAAAAAUUAAAAUC